AUGGAUAUCAGCAGUAAAACAGGUCUUCUAGCAAGUCCAACGAAAAAAAUUCGUAAACAGGCAAGGAGAAACCCCGUACAAUUGCGCGCCAUAGCGAAGCCGGCACCAUUCAUACUAAAACCGUUCGCAGGACUUUUUAAUCCAUAUCCGUACGGAUGUUCUUUGCUAUGCAAUCAUCCAACGGAUACCGAGGCUAAGGAGUUGUUGAAGAAAGCCAAGGAUACUUGGGGAGUGGAAGGAAAAAAUGUUCUAUUAACAGAAGAAAUCGAAGCUAUUAGAGCAAGUUUAGAACAGCUGCAAGUAAACCAAGCUGCCUUAAGUGCCAGAAAUCAAAAGAUUCCCACCAUAGAAAGUGUUCCAGAGGAGCUAUUUAGACGGCAUGAAACUAUGUCAUAUUCCCUGUACUGUAGAUAUACUGAAACCGACUCUAGACCCUUGACUCCAGCCCCAACCUUAGCAAGUGGCACUAGGGCCUCAGGGUCAAGAAAAUGUGUCACACCAGACCCUACACCCACAACCCAAAUAAGAGAAAAGACCCUGUUGGUGCUGGAUCUACGUAGAAGUCAUAGCCAGGAAACUUUGUCGUUCUAUGGUAGCUCAUCAAUACUGGAACCCCCAUUGAUAAGGAUCCAACAUGUUCAGACUAGAGCGGCGAGUUUAGAUGAAGUCCAGACUUCGGAGGUGCAAUGUCAAAGUCUACGAGCUCCUUUUGUGGCCGGAAGACCCAAAAGUCCGAAAAAGAAUGGGACAAACAAGGAAAUUCCUUCUGAACCAGUCAAGUCAGAAGAGGCAGCACCUUCACUCGAUGAAGAGGAUGACAACAUAGUCAAAAGACGUGGUAAAAAGAGGCGCAAACGUGGAAGUGAUGCCUCCAGAGGUCCUCCAGCUUUCCAGGUUUCUCUGGACCCAGAGACGCAAGUAGGAGCUUGUGGAGACGAAUCUAGAGCUACAAGCGCUAGACCGUCUUUGAUACCCGGUCACGACCACCAAGAUGAAACCCAAGACUUAAUAAAAGAAAAACCUCCCCUAAAACCGUCCAAAAGCUUGGACGUUGACUCGUUUCUAACCACCGAAAUACUCAAACAUCUUAGAAGAGAGCUCAAUGAGGAGUACGUCGACAACGAGUUUAACGAUAAGAGGAGGAAAGCUCUAACGGAAGCUCUAAAAACCGUAUCGAAAGAUAAGGCGGUUUGCAAAGAGUUAGCCUGUUUACAAGAUGAGCUGAAAGUACCGCCAGUAAACGCAGACCUUUGGAUUUCAUUGCCCAGAAUUUUCACCAGGUCUAGCGCUAGGUUUGAGUUGCCUAUGGACAACGAUUCUUUGAGCUAUAUGACCCCAAUGGACUAUGUCAAGAAUCACAUAUUCCUUUCUAGCUCCAGAAAGCUCUUAUACAACUGUGUUUUUACUAGAUUUAGAGAUGAAAAUGAUCUGGAUAAUGAAUUGGAUAGAAAAAUAUCUGGAAAGGUUCUUCAAGAUGCCUUAAAUCUAAUGAUGGGAAAGCCAAUGUCAAAAGAGCAGAGUGACUAUAUAAGAGACAUUCUUAAUUGGAGGGACGAUAAUGAGUUUGACUUUAAAACAUUUUGCGGUAUUUCUGCUCUUUGCGAACGCAUACUCGCCCCUGAGUACUGCGCACAGUUGCCCGGUAGAAAAAUGGAUCCUUGUCAUGAGAUUGAAACAGCAGAUUUUCAAAUCCUUUCAAGAAAAUUGCAUGGUCAAAAUGCCGACGAAAAACUGGCGGAAAUCCUGCAUAAAAUACAAACUCUAUGA